AUGCUCUCUGCAAAUCAUCGUUGCGCAGUCGCUGUUUCUUGCUGCUUCAUCUCGUUGCUCCCUCGAGCUGCUCUCACGAAUAACAACGCUAUGGAAAUUGCGCGGCACAGCGCAGCGGUGAAUGAUCCAGCGCCCUCUCCGACAAGCCGUCUUAGCCUGCAGCAGACUGCUCCUUUCUCGCCAGCUCUCUGGGCUUCUGUACUGGUUAAAGUUUGUUGGCGGCGUGCGAAAAACGAGACCUAUCAUCGCGUUCGCAUUUGGUUUCAGAUGUAUGAGAAACUGGCCUUAACGACUCAACGUCUUUUGCAACUCCAAUCGAGCUGCGAACCCGUUUCAACUUUCCAAUUACGUUUUCCGGUUCCAAAAAUACGUCCCCCAUCGCGGUUACGCUGUGCUCCGCGAACCUUACGUGUGGACGUGAAACCAUCUGAAAACGGCUCCGAGCCUAGCAGGGUGAUGUCAUUUAGAAAGGUACCAGCCCUGCUGUAUGAAUAUUAUCCGGCGUCUCAACAUCCCACCCGCACGCAGCCACUAUACAUGCUGCUGAGCCUCCAGCCACAUUGUAGAGAUCAGUGGCUGAUACUAUCUACCUCCGACUUGGGCUACGCGGGGGGACACCGUAUCACAGUGAGACACGAGGCAGAAGAAGUUGCUGGUGCCGACGUCUCGGAGGCCAUGCAGAAAUCUCUUCUCAAUCCGAUCGGCUUGUCAGACGGUACAUUAACGCCUCCUUUACCGCAGUCUGGCCUGACGGUGCCCAAGGCAUUCCGAUUCAUGCUGUGGAGGAUUUUGAUGUCUCAAGUCCAUCACCCACGGGAUACUAGGUUCCCUGACCUCGGAGGAUUAAUAAGCGCCCAACCAAAGGUGGCGCCCUUCAGAUUAUUCACCAGUCUAUUGAAUCCUGCUCGCAUGCAAUGGAUCUCUGAACUCUAUGACUCAUCUCCCCAUGAUCUGAAAAUGCUCAUACCGACUAGAAAGAGACAGUUCAACGUAGACUUCCCAUUUUUUUUGGAGAUAAUCGUAGUUCGUUCUUACAAGUAUCAUAUUCGCACGAGAACAAGGCGUGAGAGUCGAAAGAAUUCUCUCUCCGUGUCCAAUUCCGUUGGGUUUCUCUACAAUAAGUUGCAAAGUGCUUUCUUUUCCCUCUCAUUCAUAUUCAAAUUAUUGAUUCCUGCACCCAUCCUAUCUUUAUCAACAACACUGCUGAAAACGAUUAAUAUCCCACUGCAAACGCUCACGCCAACUAGCCAGCAACACUCCCAAUUCACCUUGAACAAACGGUCCACGAAUCACACGAGGAUACUUGGACCCUAUUGUACAGAACUUAACGCUUCAAUGAUCACCACCUCACCACAAUGUGCUGCACAUUCCGUAUUUACGGCCUCGAGCUACGAUAUAUCAACAUUAUUGGAACUUUUUGCCACCAAGUGCAAAAUAAUCACCAUCGCUAUCGCUAUCGCCCUCCACCGAACACACCCUUUCUCCUCCAACCGCAAACUACCCCAUCAGAUUCUCCCACAACCGCGCCCAACAAACCAUGACCCUAUUCAACUCACAGCCCACUACAUCCAACCUCUCCUGGCUCUUGGCAUGGUAGUGGCAGUAGGAUUCAGGAUUCAAGAGAGUUAG